AUGUCUACCGUCGUGGAGAAAGUUGCUGACGCUGCUGCCGCGGCCGUCAAUGACGUUACCAACGCUCUGGCCAACACCUCUAUCACUGGCAAGACAGACGACAAGUCUGCCAACAACAACGAUGCCGUCCUUGCCAGCGCUGCUGAAGGUCGCCGCCUGUACAUCGGCAACCUUGCCUACGCGACAACGGAGGGGGAGUUGAAGGAAUUCUUCAAGGGCUACCUUGUUGAGUCCGUUUCUAUCCCAAAGAACCCUCGCACCGACCGCCCCGUCGGCUAUGCCUUCGUCGACCUCUCUACCCCCAGCGAAGCUGAGCGCGCCAUUGCUGAGCUCUCCGGCAAGGAGAUCCUGGAGCGUAAGGUCUCUGUUCAGCUCGCUCGCAAGCCCGAGGCCAACGAGAAGACUGAGGGUGCCGGCGAGGGCACCAACGCUGAUGGCACGCGCCGCCGCCAGUCUACCCGUGGUCGUGGCCGCGCUGGCCGUGGCCGUGGUGGACGCGCUCGCGGUGGCCGUGGCAGUGACGACGAGAAGAAGGAGGACGGUGCUACCUCGGGCGACGCCGCUGAGAUUGCCGCCGAUACUCAGGUUCAGCCCCUGAAGGACAUCACCAACGAAGCCAACACUAACCAGGACAAGUCUGGCAAGAACCAGGCUCGCGCUGCCCGUGAGCGCCGUGAGCGUGGUCCCCCCGCCGAUGGCAUUCCUUCCAAGACCAAGGUCAUGGUCGCCAACCUCCCCUACGACCUGACCGAGGAGAAGCUCAAGGAACUCUUUGCUGCCUACCAGCCCUUGUCCGCCAAGAUCGCUCUUCGCCCCAUCCCCCGCUUCAUGAUCAAGAAGCUCCAGGCCCGUGGUGAGCCGCGCAAGGGACGUGGCUUCGGCUUCGUCACCUUGGCUUCCGAGGAGUUGCAGCAGAAGGCCGUUGCUGAAAUGAACGGCAAGGACAUCGAUGGCCGUGAGAUCGCCGUCAAGGUCGCCAUCGACAGCCCCGACAAGACUGACGAUGACGUUCACGGUGCUCACGAGGCCGGCGAGAAGACCGAGGGUACUACUCAGGAGCAGGCUCCUGUUGCCCCGGCGGCUGUUGCUACCCCUGCCCCUGCCCCGGCGGCUGCCACGCCCGCAGCUGCUCCUGCCACCAGCACUGCUUAA